GGCCAAUGCGACCUUCACGCCACUCCCGUCGGUUAUGGGCCGCGGGAGUGUGGGUGGGACAUGCCCAAGUUUGCACCUUUUUUUAAAGGCCCAGUCGGUUACCGGUGAUCUUUUCAUUGGACAAGACGGCUCGACGGCCACGGCUGGGUAGGAUUGAGUGGCCUGGGCCUCCACCAUCCAAGGCAGCAGCAUGGAGCCGCCGAGUCUUGAGCAGUUCUUGAGCCUUAUAAUAGUGAGGAUGCCGUGGGCUGGUCCACUGGUCCGGUCCGUCGUCUACCCUAGUUGAGUCCACCUGAAAAAGCUUACUAGGACUCGAAGAGUGAUACCCUCGUACCGCUAGGACUAGACGAGAUUUCCGAGGCACCCACUUCUCAGUACCUUAUCUCUCCCAUACAUAAACAACAUUCCCUCCCGUCUAUCUCUAUUGAUCCCUCGUCGUCUUCUACCGGAAACAACACACACCUCUUCUUGACUUUGAGACAAGAACCGCGACAAUGCUUCGACCCAUCACCCACGGCCUCCGCGGCCUCUCGUUCCUCAUGGCUCUCGUCGUCCUGGCCCUCGCGGCGAACCUGAUCGCGAUCCAGGUGUACGGGACGCCGCCCGUGACGACGCGCUACUGCACCUUUACGGGCGGCUUCGGCAUGAUCGUGGCCGCCGUGACCACCGUGUGCACCAUCUUCCUGUCCUCCACCGUACCGGAGCUCGUCCCCAUCGUGCUGGACGGCCUGGCGGGGCUCUUCUUCCUCGGCGGCGGCAUUGCAUGGGCCUACAGCCUCAAAGACACGGCCAACUGCAGCAACUACGACCAGAUGCUCCUCAACCCGCUGCUGAACCAGGGCUCGCUGACGGUCGGCGACCGGACGGCCUACGGCGUGGUGGGCAGCGACGACGACGUCGAGACCGUCAUGAACCGCCUCAAGGGCAACUGCCAGCGCGCCCAGGCCGACGAGGUCAUCCAGUUCAUCUGCUUCGGCAUCGGCAUCGCCCUGGUCGCCAUCGGCCUGGUGCAGAUGCGCCGGGGUCUUGGGGGCGGCGCGAGGCGAACCGGCGCGUAUGUGUAGGUUCGUUCGUUCGUUGGUGAGAGGUAGUGCGGCGGGGGAUUGGGGGCCGGGAUUGGGUUGGAAUUAGGGGCUGGGCUUGGGUUGGCGCUGAUAAUAACGGGAGCGGCAAUGGAAGAGGGCUUGGACUUGACGUUAAUGACUUUGGGAAGCUUGGAUGGAUGAAUGAAGUUCGUGAUACCAGGGUAGUUAGAUACCACAACACAGCCACACAUAGCUGGGACGUAAUAGAAAGAGGAAAUCAUUAAU